GGCUGCGUGUCCUUAGGCUGGCGCGGGGUUACGUCGCACGCCAGUGGUUGCAAACUCCGCGCACGGUUUGGCUUAGAGCCCGCGCUUGUCGACAGCUGGGGUGAGCACUGCUACACGGUAGCGUGAAAAGUGCAAGACGAGGUGCGAGCUAGCGUCCUGUAACACACUAGUACGGGUUUUCCGGCCAAAAAACCGUGGACAGCGGGCCAGCCAACGCGCAAACACGGAAACGAACAAGCAGUAAUCGCUUUCUCAAAAUAGCCGCAGCCAUGUUGCGCCUCAGCGUGCUCGCCGCGAGCCUCUUUGCGGCCGUCCAUGCUGAUGUCUCAUUCACCCCAGGACCGGGCUUGAAGAAGAACCCCGACGGGUCGUACAGCCGCACCUACGACGCCCAGGCGGAAGGGGCGGCGGCAGGUAGUAGUGGUGAAGGCCUGCCCGCCUGGCAGAACGCGCUGCUCGUCGCCGCUGCGGCCGCCGCGUCCACGUCAGUGCAUAAAUGAAUCGUGAUCUCCACGCCAUCGACGCGACGCCAGCUCGAUGGCGUGACAGUGUGGGUCUCGUAAACUCGACUCACUGGUUGAUUUGCGCACAGGUUCUACUGCUAUAACACCGGCCACCGACCGCAGAUGCCGCGAAUGCCUCAAAGGGCAGCGCGACCCGCACCGAAGGCCAGCGCGCGCGACGUCGACGAGGCGCGCGCGGCGCGGCUCGCACGGUUCACGGGCGACGGCCCGGCGCAAAACCAGGCUGCCUUCGAGGCCGCCCUCGCGUCGGCCGCGCCAUCCGCUCCGUCGACGACGGCCGCGUCGAAGGCGUCCGCGCCGGCGGAGAAGCCGCGCAUGGCCACGCUGGGGACGCUGGCGCAGCGCGACGGAAAGGACGAUCCCGACGAGUUCUUCGGCGGCGAUAGCACGGCGCAGUACAAGUAGGUUCCCGUCGUCGCGAGUAAUGUGUGCCUUUGUCGUUACGUACAUCUGCC